GAGCGGUCUGUCCCCGACAGGAACCGAGAGGGUACCCGUUAUACUGCCCGUGAGUGUGACAUAUAAAUACUGCCGGGCAAGGUACACGUCGUGCCAGCCAGUCUUGACUGACCCCCACCACGUACAUCGUUACUCGGGACUUGACCAUUUCACCAUGGGCUCUACUCCUUCCAAGCCAACCGUCCCAGCUGUCGACCAGCUCGAUGAGAAACGCUCUGUGAUGAGCGGCACUGCUUCAACCAAGUCGACUGAAUCACAGGCUACUGCUCGUGCCCCCAUUUCCGCCGACGGUUCACUCGCACUCGCGAGCAUCGCCGAUUGGGAAGACGCAGCCUCUUCCGAUCCCAAGACGAAGCUCGCGCGCACUAUCCUCGCGCACAGUGACAUCCGAUCUGCGCUGAUAAACCGUGACGCGAAGAUCCUGGACCAGCAUGUGUUCAAUACCGAGCUGGAGUUCAAGACGAGCCCGGUGACGAACCAGAGGUCGAGUGGGAGGUGUUGGUUGUUCGCGACGACGAAUGUGUUGAGGUACCAGGUUAUGAAGAAGUUGAACUUGAAGGAGUUUGAGCUGUCGCAGGCUUAUCUCUUUUUCUGGGACAAACUGAACAAAUCGAACUACUAUCUCGAGCUGUCCAUUCAACAUUCUGACCUUCCCCUCGACGACCGUCUCAUCACCCACCUUGCUGGCGACUUGAUCAGCGACGGUGGUCAAUGGGACAUGGUCGUCAACCUUCUCGAGACCUACGGCAUGCUCCCCCAAGUCAACUACCCCGACUCAACCCACGCAACCGUCUCCUCCCCGCUCAACACCCUCCUCCAAACCAAACUCCGCGAACACGCCCUCGUCCUCCGUCGUCUCAUCUCAUCUCUCCGCUCCACUUCCAACCUGUCGGAAGCAGACAUCCUGUCAACGGUGCGCUCGAAGAAGGAAGAGCUUGUGAAAGAGAUCUAUACGGUCAUGAGCGCGACGUUGGGUGCGCCUCCAUCGCCGGAUGGGAAGUUUGUGUGGGAUUACUAUGAUAAGGAUGGGAAGGCGGGGACUUGGGAGGGUACCCCUAGGGAGUUCUACAAGACCUUCACGAACAAACAGUACCCGGUCGUGGAUUCGUUCUCGUUGAUCAACGACCCGAGAAACGAAUACUCGAAGCUCUACACUGUCGACAAGCUCGGGAACGUCUGGGGUGGUCGUCCCGUGCUCUAUGUGAACACUGAAGCGGAAGUCCUGAAGGAUGCAGUCGUCAAGAUGAUCAAGGCAGGCCAGCCCGUUUUCUUCGGCUGUGACGUCGGACAGUUCUCUGAGCGCGUUGCGGGAAUAAUGGACACCGAUCUCUACGACUACAACAACGCAUUCGACAUCACCCUCAACCUGACCAAAGCCGAACGGCUCCAGACCGGUGAAUCCCAGAUGACGCACGCGAUGGUCAUCUCCGGCGUCCACCUCGACUCGAAGACGGGAAGGCCGGUGAGGUAUAAGGUCGAGAAUUCGUGGGGCGAGACGGCGGGUGAGAAGGGGUACUUCGUGAUGACGGAUCGGUGGUUCGAGCAGUUUGUCUACCAGGUCGUCGUGCCGAAGGCUUUGGCGCCCAAGGACCUCGUCAAGGUGUUCGAGUCCGGAGAGAAGACGGUGCUCGCGCCUUGGGACCCUAUGGGCGCGUUGGCGUGAGGCGGACCGGGCCUCUCGCUUGGGUUAAUACGUCGAUGUAUGGUUUACUGAGAUUUAGACGUUUGUAUUGUUGUACUUUCGGUUCUGGGGCUCGAGAGGCAUCAAGUUGGUCCAGUUGUGCCGUUUCAGGGCCUCGAAGUGUAUGGUUUCGACUUGAAGUUGACUCGAAACGGAAGGUGGCAAAGUCGAUGUGGCACUAACUAGGAAAUGG